GUCUCCCUCCGGGGACUACACUUCCCAGGGUGCCUCGGGGUCCGCACUUCCGGCGCGGCCGCUUCCGGGCGCUCAGCGCUGACUCCCGCUUCCGGUGGCGCGUGCGGCGAAGUGGGUAGGGGCGCCGGGCUGGGCCAAGCCGCGAGAUGAAGCUAUUUGUUCUUGCCGUGUGUGCCCUGCUGUCGGUUGCCCAUAGCGAGGAGGGUGCCAGGCUGCUGGCCUCUAAGUCUCUGUUAAACAGAUACGCCGUAGAGGGCAAAGAUUUGACUCUGCAGUACAACAUCUACAACGUGGGCUCCAGUGCUGCUCUCGAUGUGGAGCUCUCGGAUGACUCCUUCCCCCCAGAAGACUUCGGCAUCGUCUCUGGGAUGCUCAGUGUCAAGUGGGACAGAAUCGCACCAGCUAGCAACGUCUCUCACACCGUUGUCUUGAGGCCCCUCAAAGCUGGCUACUUCAACUUCACCUCUGCCACCAUCGCGUACCUCGCGCAGGAGGGUGGGCAGGUUGUGAUUGGCUUCACCAGCGCGCCUGGGCAGGGGGGAAUCCUGGCACAGAGAGAGUUUGACAGGAGGUUUUCCCCUCACUUUCUGGACUGGGCAGCUUUCGGCGUGAUGACGCUUCCAUCCAUCGGGAUCCCUCUGCUGCUGUGGUACUCGAGCAAGAGAAAGUACGACACCCCCAAGACCAAAAAGAACUGAGCAAAACAGAAUGCAGCCGCUGCCGCCCCUGAGCUAAGGAGAGAACCGAACUUAACCCCACAGAGCAAUGCAGGUGUAUUCGGCAUAGGGGCAUCUCCCUUCCAUAGCACUGUCUGGGCUAGUACUUCAGUCCUGACGAAUCCUUGUGGCAGCUGACACAUUGCCUUCUCAUCCUUUCUGAAACCUUUCUCAGCAGACCCGGAGCAAAGCUGACCCCAGUUCUCUUGUAACGCCGUUGUGGCGACUGCAGUGUCAGCAUGUUAACAAUGCCCAGCAGAUCUUGCUUGUGGGGGGUGCUUUUGACAGCUUCUUUGUGGCAUCAGUGCUGUCUGCUUAGUGCCUGUCUUAUCUGCAACCCAGUGGUGUCCUGCCACGCUCAUCCUGAACCCUAAUUCAGCCCAAUUCCUCUCUGUCAUUCUUCAGAGAGCUGCAGGUUUCUCAUCAUUCGAUGCCAUUGACUUGAUCUUCUCAUUGAUGUCUUGAUACCUGGAAUUGAGACCUCCCUUCUGUUAAAUCCCUACAAAUGCCAGGCCCUUUCCAUCAAAUGGGGGCAGAGAGGGGGAGCUCCUACCCAGAAGGAUGCCCAGCUGCUGUCCAGGGACUGCUGGAAGCCCUGCUGUAUUUCAGCAAGCAGUUGACUGGUUCCUUGAUGUUUCUCUGAUUACUCUGCUAAGGGUUGAGAUGCGUGUUGACUGCCUGCCUGGAGGGUUUUGUAAUAAAAUGAACACCACAAAAUGA